AUGAUGGACGGCAAGAACAAUAAAGGUACCUUGGGUGGUAUGCAAGUUUCUUUACGAAUUAGACCUGUUUUUCAACAAGAAAUAGAACGACAAUGUUAUGUGCCUAUCGAAGUUGUACGAGGGAAAGCUCAAGUACAAAUUAAGAAUCUAGCUUUCACAUACAAUUAUGUAUUCCCACAACAUAUUACACAACAGGAGUUUUAUGACACUGCAGUCAAAGGUCUCGUAGGAAAAUUAUUCCAAGGGUACAAUGUGUCGAUACUUGCCUAUGGACAAACUGGUGCAGGAAAGACAUAUACUAUGGGUACUAAUUACUCAGGUCCUAAGGAGGACUCACCAAAGUUAGCUGUGGCCCAUAGACAUCUAUUAAGAAUCCUUAUUCUUUAUAUUUUAGUAUAUAUUUAUAUAUAA